AUCCUGCCACUCCGUCAGGCUUUUGUUUUGUUCUCCAGACGUUGAUGCCUGGAGAGGUCGCAUGCGCGGUGGAUGAAGGAAAGAAAAUGGAAAGGCACUAGGGCAAAUCUUGGACGGAGCCGACUCGGGAAAGGAGCGGAGCCCAACUUUAUACGAUGAACUACACCGUAAUUUCAAUGAAACAGAAAUAACUUUUUAUUUAUUUUUUACUUCAUAAUGAUAGGCUAUUAUAUAGGCCUACAUACAGCUGGGUUGUCGGUUUAGGAGCUCAAUUCUGCCGAUUGGGCGUGCACCUAUGAAAGAGAAACAAACACAGGCACGACGAAGGACAGGAGGAUAGCAUGUCAACAAGCACACUCAUCCAACCCAGCCUGAGGGAGAAGAAAGGGAGCUUCUUCAAGCUGAUCGACUCGUUUGCCUGGGAGAUCGGGACUCUGAAGAGGGAGGUGGUGCAGAAGGCUGAGCCAGCAGAGAGAGACCCAGAGCCUGUCAUACUACAGGGGCUGGAUGGGGAAGUGGGAGGUCUGUUCCUACAGGCUCCUCCCUGUGUUGGUGUGGGGGCACGGCUGGCUGGAGCUAGAGAUUCAGGCUACGACUCGUUGCGUAGAAGGAUGAGUGUGCUGGACAGGCUGGUGCAGACGCACGUUGUGUGGCUGCAGCUGGGACUUAACCAUGCAGACUCCACAAGCAUACUGGAACCGCAGCCCACCGGGACGUUUCUGGUGAGGAAGUCAACUACCCUGCAGAGGAAGGUGAUCUCUCUGCGUAUGCAUCAGGACUCUGAGACACCCGUCAAAGACUUCCCUGUGAAGGAGAGUCAAUACACAUUCUCCUUGGAGGGAUCGGGCCUCGGCUUCGCAGACCUGUUCCGUCUUGUGGCCUUCUGCUGCAUCAGCAGGGAUGUCUUGCCAUUCACCCUAAAGCUUCCUGAAGCCAUCUCUGCAGCCAGGACACCAACAGACUUGGAGGAGGUGGCCAAGCUAGGAGCAGGCUUCUGGGACUCUGAGCAUUGCUGCAAGAGUUCUGUCUCCCGGUUGUCCGGGACAACCAUCCAGGACCAAUCACCCAGCCCACUGGUCACCCGCACCCCGUCCCAGCUUGAGUGUUGCCAGUCCAACGGGGCUCUCUGCUUCAUCAACCCCCUCUUCCUGAAGGUUCACGACCCAGAGGGGGGCAACCACACCCCUCCCUCCUCCACCAGCCACUACAACAACCUCCACCACCUAAACAACAAUAGUACUACAACAACUACAGCAACAACGGUACAAGUUCAACAGCACUGUACCAGCAACCCAGAGCAACUUAUCGACUGCACAAACAGCCCUCAACCCCCUAGCAACAGCCCUCAGAGUCCUAGCCCUGGCAACAGCCCCCAGCAUCAUAACAACAGUGUGAGCCAGGCUAAGAGCGUGUCCCGCCCCCCACCGCCUCGCCCCCCACCUCCCCACUGUGCCCCCCGUCGCCCUGCCCCUCCUCAACGCCAGUGCAGCAUGCCUGAGAAGAUAUCCUGGAUCAACCCCCCCAAAGAGAAGGACAGGGUGGGAGAGAGGGAGAAAGGAGGAGAAAGGGAGAAGGGCAGUAGCCUUCUCUCCCGCCUGGGCUCCUCUCUCAGCAUCAGUCCAUCCUCUUCUUUCCUCUUAUCCUCCCCUCCUAAGAAGCUCAGCAUCAGUGCCCCUAUCUCUAUCCCCUUGUCCCUCUCCUCCUCCCCAAGUAGGCCGAAACCCACGCCGCCAAGCGACGUCGACUGCCAUCUUGCUCUCGAUGACCAGACUAUUGAGAACGCCAUUUCUCUCAGUCUGGCUAAGCUGUCACUGAGAAACACCACCACCCCUGAUGACAACACAGAGGGAAACAGUCCGUCCACUCAAGACCCAGCCCCCUCCCGUCGAGAGGAAGGAGGAAGCGAAAGAGGAGGAAGAGGAGGAAGAGGGGACAGUGUGCAGCGCCUGAGCGACAUGAGCCUUUCCACCGAAUCCUCUGCCGACUCACUAGACUUUUCCCAGGGCUUCUUCCCCCCUCUCUCUGAACCCAGCCCCCCCACCACCAACAACCUGGUCCUGCCCCCCCUCAUCCACCCCUACAGCAGCAUGGAGGAAGAUGACGAUGAUGAAGACGAAGCAGACUUCGGCGGGAGCCUGGAGAGCGACCAAGACCAGGACCUGACCAUCACCCCUCCCGGGCUGCACACCAAACGGCGAGCCAGCGCCGGGGCCAUGGUCAUCCAACGGGCCCUCAGGGGCCACCUCCGUAAGAUGAGUGGGGUGUUCAACUCUCUGAUGACCCCAGAGAAACGGGCCAUACGGAGAGUCCUGGAGCUGUCGAGGGAUAAGGGCUCUUACUUCGGCUGCCUGGUGCAGGACUACCUGAGCUUCCUGCAGGAGGGAGGCGGCAGCCAGGCCUGGCAGUGCCACGCAUCAGGACUGGAGCUGCUGCAGACGCUACGCCAGUUCAUCACCCAGAUGAAGAGCUACCUGCGGCAGAGCUCUGAGCUGGAGCCCCCCAUCGAGUCACUCAUCCCAGAGGACCAGAUCGACUAUGUCCUAGAGAAGGCCAUGCAUAAGAUUGUCCUGAAGCCCCUGAAAGGUGUGGUGGGAGUGGCCCUCCAGGAGUUCCAGGUCCGCAGCGGGGCAUGGCAGGAGCUUAAGGAGAACCUCUCAUUGGCCAAGGUCCGGCAGCCCCAGGAAAUGGGCGUGACCGACGCACUCCCUCCGGAUCCAGUCGCCAUAGAGAAGAUCCGGCACAAGUUUCACACUAUGUGUAAACUCUACUCCCCUGAGAAGAAGGUGACCAUGCUGCUGCGUGUGUGUAAACUCAUCUAUACCAUCAUGGAGGACAACUCAGGUCGUCUGUACGGGGCAGAUGACUUCCUGCCCAUGCUGACCUAUGUGUUGGCCCAGUGUGACAUGCCUCAACUAGAUAAUGAGAUCCUCUACAUGAUGGAGCUCCUGGACCCCUCUCUGCUCAAUGGAGAAGGUGGAUACUACCUGACCAGUGCGUACGGAGCCAUGUCCCUCAUUAGGAACUUCCAAGAGGAGCAAGCAGCUCGUGUACUCAGCUCUGAAACACGCAACACACUCCACCAGUGGCACCGUCGCCGCACCACCCAGCGCACUGCGCCCUCUGUAGACGACUUUCAGAACUACCUGCGAGUGGCGCUCCAGGAGCUGGACAGCGGCUGCACGGCCAAAACCCUGCAGGUGCAGCCCUACGCCACCACAGAGGAAGUCUGCCAGAUCUGUGCCUACAAAUUCAAAGUUCCCGACUCUGAGAAUUACGCUCUGUUCCUACUCACUGAGGGCUCGAGCCAGCAGCUAGCCCCCGACACAUACCCCCAGAAGAUCAAAGCUGAGCUCCACAGUCGACCCCAGGCCGCACCUUUUCACUUCGUCUUCCGUCGCGUGGCUAACCUCAAUGAACUGGACGUGACCUCUCUUGACCCCCAGUCCAUCCUCAAUGACGUCACCCUUACCACAGACUCUGAGCCCAAUCGCAAUGAUGUAGCCUUAACCCCUCCGGACCCCCAGCCCAACUUCAACCUGGGUCUCAGUCCCAGUCUCAGCCUCAGUCUACCCCCCAACCAGCAAAAUGGCAACUCCAUAUCUAUCUGAGGCUGCAGGGCUGGAAACCCCCCAUCUGGACAUUCUUUCUGUAACCCAACAAAACUGAUCUGAGCUGUGUUUAACUGGAUUGAACUGGGCCUAACUGGGUUAAGCUGAACCAUGCUGAGUUUAGCCAAAACAAACUUCCCCUUUUGGUGAAUCUUUUGUCUAGCAGGGCGUCCUCAAAGCGGAAAGGUUUGUCUAAGUACAGGAGGAAAGGAGAGGAAGAGGGAAGGAAAUGCGACAGAUGGGGUUAUUUUGCAGCUCUAUUUGUGAACCUUUGGGACAUGGCACUCAAGGAGCACACGUGAGCGCAAACGCCACUCACAUUAAGGAUGGAUAAAGGCUUUGAAAUAGUCUUGUUACAGACACAGACAGACCGUCUAUACGGUCAUACUGCAAAAGUGUCUGGAAGUUCAGAUUUGGGGUCAGUUUUUGGUUUGUAACUCCUAGUGGUGAAGCGAAGGAUAAGUUGAGGGAAAGCUGAUCUCAGAUCUGUGGAUAGGGGUAACUUUUGUCUGCAAUGGUUCCAUCUAGUGAUGUACUCGUUCUGUCCAUUCACUUUUUCUUCAGACAGAAAAUAGCCUUUAUAGCAAAUAUACAGCAAUUACUUUAUCUGGGUGAUAGCCUACAUCUAUUAUGAAUUACUUGUUGCAGUUGCUGGUAAAAUUGCAGGAUGUGUGUUUUUAUGGAAUAUUGUUUUAUCAUUGCAUGUUCUUUUCUUUGUUAAAUGUUAGAAGCAGGCAUGUCUGCCAGUGACGAAAUAAUGAACGUCCUUAAUGUUUAUGAUUAUCCAGGAGAUAUGAUACUGUACUUCCCUCAUAGCUAAUCCUUAGUUAAUAGAGGUCAUCGCUGCCAUAGUGAUUGUGUGAUAUAUGAUUGACUGGCUUGGUCUACAGAACCGGCGUCAAAUCCCAGACAAGGUCAUGAAAUAUUGUACUACUGACAAAUAUUAAAAGUAGGCCUAAAUUGCCUUAUGAAAUUUGGUGUGUCAAUUCUCAAGCUGGUCUGAGAUUAUGCACACACACACACACACACAAAUGCACACUUGUGUGUGUUUUGGCUCUUGGCUGGUAAGAUUUUGAGUAUUAGGUAUGAGGGCAUGAGAGAGAUUUGCAAGGAUGCAGAUUUGAGAAAAAAUAAGGAACCUGCACACUGCUCUUGCUAGGGUAUCACUGCUCUUUUUUAAGCUUUGACAAAGGCCUUGAGGUCGAUACGUAAAGCUUAAUAAAGAGCAGUGAUACUAGCAAGAGCAGCGUGCAGGUUUCUUUUUCAAUUGUUACCAUGCACCUGCAACAAAGAUGGCUAAGAUGUGCGAGUGCCUUUUGAAUUUUGAAGAACACAGGUUUAAAAGACGGGAGAGCGAAAAGAAUGAGAUGUGAAGUAGAACUGAAUCAUUAAUAAAAUACAGGCUCUAAUGUUUCGUUAACUGAACACAAAUCAUGUUAAAACAAAUUGCUUUCUAUUAAUGUAUCAGUACUUCAAUGUUUGCAUUUUGAAAUGUAGAGUUGGGCAUUGCUGGUGCUGGAGAACGAUAACAGAAAAGUGAAAUGGUAGAUGUGAUUGAGGAAAGGUUGAGUAGGCAAUAGCAUUAUUGUUAAACACUAUAGCUUAUAAUGUUAGUUAAAUAUAUUGAAAUAUGUUAAACUUUUUGGGGACUUAGGUGUUAUCCUGUUUUGAAUUUACUUAUACUGUAAUACAAUUGCUACUCUAACAAGAUAUUUUAAAUGAUACACAUUUUUUGUAUUUAUAUGUAUCUGUGCUGGGAUUUUUCACAGAUUGCAAUAUAACAGAUAUGGAAAAAGCAGUCUUCCAAGAUCAACAAGAAAUUUACUUAUGUUCCUAUGCUAAAGACUCUGUACGUAUCAUUGAAUGAUAUUAUUUUGCACUCAAUAAAUUUCGGUCAUGAAUUUGACUGCA